GCUCGCAAAAUUGAAGAACACAAGAGAAAGAAAGAACGCAAAGCUUUCGAGAAAGCUGAGAAGAAACGUCAGGAGGCCUUGAAGAAAUCACGAGAGGAGGCCAAGGCUCGUGAAGCUAACUCUCGUCCAUCACAAACUGAUGACGGAGCUAAGGCGUCAAUGAACGACUUUUACAGUUAUCUAAAAGAUCCUGAAGUCUUGCAAGCAUUCCAGGAUCCUGAAGUCUCUGCAGCGUUUAUGGAAAUCUCGACGAAUCCAUCGAACAUCCUCAAGUACCAAAAGAACCCGAAGGUGAUGAAUCUCAUCAACAAGGUAGCUUCCAAAUUUGGCGGUGGCGCUGGAAUGCCCGGUGGAUUUCCGGGAAUGAUGGGUGAAGGUGGUAUGCCUGGAGGAUUCUGUCCAGGUAAAACCAAUCCUCCUGCUCCUGAUGACGACGUCGGUCUUGACUAA